GGGUGAUGACGGAGAAGGCACGCCCGGAUGAUAUCAUCAUAGCGGCGAAAGACCCGAGCAGCUACGCAGAGAUUCUGCGAAAGGUAAAAGGAGACGAGAAGCUACAAGGGCUAGGAGAGGCGGUGGCAAGAAUCCGCCGCACCCAAAAGGGGGAACUCCUGCUCCAGCUCAGCAAAUCAGGAGAGGUAACCUCGUCCUUCCAGAGUCUGGUCGGCGAGUCGCUAGGGGACGCAGCAGAGGUCCGCGCCCUCCAACAGCGAGUCAUCGUUGAAUGCAGCGACUUGGACGAGGUGACCACCAAGGAGGAGAUAAGGGACGCCCUCAUGUCCCAGGUCCAGUUGGCAAACGUGGGACUGGACGACAUAUCAAUAAGGAGAGGGUACGGACAGACGCAGAUUGCAACUGUCCGACUUCCGACAGAGGACGCCCGCAGGGCACUCAAAAUAGGAGGACUGAAGGUCGGCUGGGUAAGAGGCAGACUUAGGGAAAGGGUCAGCGUCACCAAAUGCUUCCGCUGCAUGGAGUUCGGCCACAUGGCCAGACAGUGUAGGAGCGAUGUAGAUCGUUCUAAGCUGUGCCGGAGAUGCGGGAAGGAGGACCACCUUGCAAAAGACUGCGACAAGGACCCCCAGUGCAUGUUCUGCAAGGGAAAGAAGGAAGAUUGGAGGCAUAUCGCAGGAAGCGGCAGGUGCCCCCUCUUUAGACAGGCACUUGCAAAGAGGAUAGGAUGAGGUGCAUGCAGCUGAACCUUAAACACUGCGAGGCGGC